AUGGCAGAGUUUGCCUACAACAAUGCGGUGCAUAGUGCCACAGGAAAAUCCCCUUUUAAGGCACUCCACGGUUGGGAACCAACUUUAACCCCUUUGAACACCCCCACAGACGUACCGGAGGCCAACACACUAGCUCAAACAAUGGAGGAACAGUGGAAAGAAAUUGAGGUGGCACUCCGGCAAUCAAAGAGACAAAUGACAACUGGAGAAGAUGGGAACCCAGUAGAAUUUGAGGUUGGAGAGGAGGUGUGGCUUGACUCCAGAAAUGUGAAACUCAAGACCCUGAGUCCCAAGCUAAUGGAGCAACGCCUGGGCCCAUUCAAAGUGUCAGAAAAAAUCUCUGACCGCGCCUAUUGGCUUGAACUUCCACCGUCAAUGCGCAUACACAACGUCUUCUGUGUUGGGUUACUGUCCAAAGUGAGAAAGGAUGACAAAAGGACCUUUGAAAACCGUCUGCCUCCAAUUACCAUAGACGGAGAAGAAGAAUACAAAGUAGAAGGGAUUACAGAUAUGGAAAAAAGGGGCAAAAAGUGGUUUUUUAGGGUUAAAUGGAAGGGCUAUGGAUCAGAGGAGAACACCUGGGAACCAAGGGAGAACCUCAAAAAUGCCGAAAAAAUCCUGAAAAAAUUCGAAAAGGAAAUGAAGGAAAAGGCCCUUGGCGCUGCCAAGGCCCUUAGAGGGGGGGCAGUGUUGUAG